CGACAAGAGGGCUUACUUGCCAGACAUACUGAGGUACGGCUGAAGAAAGUUACAUUGAUCGUCUCAAGCAAAAUCAUAAAUGGCAACCACGGGGAUAAAUGUUUUAGGUAAGCUAUUUUGAUUUCCUUUUUCAGCAGUUAUUCCUAUUGCCAGAAUUCGGAGCCUACCGUUGAAUCGAUAAAUUCGAGAUGAAAUAACCACUUGUAACUUCUGUAUUAUAAAUGACUUAUAACAUAUGUAUUUGGGAAUCAAACUGGUCGCGUUUGGUGCUUUACUGUACGGCCAAACCCUGAAUAGUCAUGGCGCCCGUAACUUAGAUGAAGAUGCGCUGCAAAGUCUGAAAUUACAACCCAUGACCGACAUUUACUUCAUGCUAUAUUCAAAAUGCUUUAACCCUUUAGGUCCCCAUGGUGACCAACAUAAUUUUUUUUCUUAACAAUAUCCAUAUGUUGCCAAGAGAAUUGGUUAUGAGAGUUAAUGCAAUGAUCACUAAAGAGAAAAUGCUUUGAUCUGUUAUCAACCCCUCCAACUAAUUCUUAAAGGAAAUGUAUGAAGAGCAGUUUGGAGAAUUUGUAUGUGGAUAUUGGGGCUUGAAGGGUUUUUAAAGUUGAAGAUGAUUCUUCUGACGAAUUUACAAAGCAAGAGCAAUAAUUCCUUUCACAGAACAUACCUGCGCGUGGCCCACGUUUGUUCUGAGAAGGGGAAAGACCCGGGUCUUACGCUAAACUCUGAGUGUCCACUAGUUUCUCCGUGAGUUAGCAAGUGCUCACGGCAAACAGAUAAGAUCCGCUUUUGAAAAGAAACUAACAAAAUUUAUAGGCUAACUUCCAGAAAUAUAUCACUUUUAUUAUUUUGUGACGAUUUUCGCAAUCGGCACAAAACCCAUACCCUCUGGGGCGGCACAAAACUACAGUAUGAAAAUAAGGGAAACCAAAACUGAGUGCAGGGCUGGCACUACGGCAAAGGGCUGAUUUAUUAUAAGCAUAUAUUUCGGCUAACAAAAUUAGCCUUCCUCAGGGCCAGAACUAUACUGAGGGAAAAUAUCUUUUAACGGCUCCAAAAAAUUGAAUUUAAAAUUCACAUAAGUGGUUAAUAAUUCACUACAAUCAUAAAUACUAGAUAGAAUAAUAUACAGGUAAAUGAUUAUAAAAUAGAAAUCGAAACAGUUCAGUGUUCAUUCUUUCGGUUCAGAACGUCUGGUGACAGGGUUUUGCCUCUAUCUAUGAGGUAAGCUUCUCUUGCCUUAAGUCGUGCCAUGCUGAGGGUGUGUUGUAAUUCCAGCGGAAUAAGGUCCAUGGCUGAGAUCGAGUGGCCAGGUUGAUUAAAGUGGGAAGGGACUGCUGCUGUGGUGUUUGCGUGGAGUGGAUUGUUUGUUGCCUGUCUAUGUUCUUUAAAGCGUUCACAAAGUGUGCCUUUAGUUUCACCAAUACAAGGGAGUUUCCCUUCCCUCGGCUCCACACUUGUCCUUGAUUGCCCUUGAACAGGUUCUCGGCUUGUGGAGUAAUUAAGUACUCGUUCCCAGACGUCUCUAUGUAUUUUAUAAAUGCGGGAUUUGAGAAUCGCAUCGCAUCGGGGGGUGGAACGCGAAAAGCAGAUCUUUUGUCAAAGACCAGGAAACAGUAAUUUUAAGUGACGAUCAUGACAAAACAGGCAAAUUACAGGUCUGUCACGUUUGUUCCACACAAACGUUUUCCCUGUCCGUUUCUUUCUACCGUCCUCUUAUGCGUACGUUCACAUUAUGGGAACCGCCACCAAGGGAGGAAGCUCAGAUGUCACUUCAACAUAAAUUGUGUGAAGAAAAAGAAAAACUGCUAUGAACCAAUCAGACAAAAGGGCGUCAAAGAAAAAGGUUAAAGUUCAAUUAUCGCCAUUGUUGAACCGGGUUUAUUGUUGUUGUGUUGGUAUUUGACGUCUUGGGCAAGUAAUUCAUGGUAGUCUAAACAUAGUCACCCUAAUAUUAUCUCCAUACCCUAGUAAUACUGCAUACCCGUUUUACCCAUGCAUACCCUAGUAAUACUUGCAUACCCCUUGUACCCAUGUAUACCCUAGUAAUACUUGCAUACCCCUAUUACCCAUGCAUACCCUAGUGAUACUGCAUACCCCUUUUACCCAUGCAUACCCUAGCCGGAUGCUGCAUACCCCUUGUACCCAUGUAUACCCUAGUAAUACUGCAUACCCCUUUUACCCAUGUAUACCCUAGUAAUAUCCUGCGAGCAGAGGUUUUGUUCUCUCUCGCAUAUUAACGAAGUCGUUCGCGAGGCUUGUCAGUCGUGGCUUGCCAACUAUGCGACUGACAAGCCACGCGAACGACUUCGUAAACGCUAAAAGCCAUGCGAGAGAGAAACCUCUGCUCGCAGAGUAACGUCUUGCUUGUUUUCAUUGCUUUUUUAGUUGGUUUUCUUUUGAUUUUUUUACAAGGCAAAUAUUAAAAACGCUGGAAUAUAUAAACACAAAAGAAUUUUGAGGUGUCUGUAAGUUUAGCCUCCUACGCAGGCGUUCCAGCUUAGGGCUUCGUCAUACGUGGGACAGGACAAGAAAGAACGUCUCUUAGUUAACUGGUACUCACGUUACUUUCUCGUUACCAUGGUAUUUUUAAGGUAUAACUUUGGCUAUAUGGACUGCAGCUGUAUUCGCUCGUGGUAAGUACAAAACGUUCCGGCAUAAGUAAAUAUAUUAUUUAUGCGUGGCUCGAUUUCUGCUGCUGAACCUCUUCCCCAGAGCACUUUUUCCCUCGCAUGUUGACGCACGUGAAGGGGACCUAAGAAUGAGGCUGCAGCCCACUUGUACCCACGGUAUACUCCUCUAACGAUGGCUCAUUUUAUAAAACAGCCGCUGGUAUGAAUCGUGUCUAUAACAUUAAUGUUGCUCCGGAAAAUGUCUGUAGGAUUUUCAGGAUUAUGAGAUCGAUUUUUCCGUGCUAAUAGGGAGGUAGGAAUUUCACGUGGUAAACCUGUAAGGUUAUACAAGGUUGUAUUACAAUUGAAGUCAGUAUUUUUUUUGCGCUUGAAAAAAUUCAAAUUAAUUACAAAAAUAAACGAAAUCUCAAAGGCAUCAUGACAUUAUCAGUGAAUUUGAACCAAUUAAUCUCCACUCGAUGUUCAAAAUCAUGACCGUUUAACCUUGUUGUAUUGAUUUUCGUAGAUUCUUAACGUCGGUGACCGCCUUUAUUUUAAACUGUAACUGUCUUCUAAUUACCAUUUGUUCAAAAUGCUUAUUCAUGCCAGUUUUCUUCAUCCGGUUUUGCAAUUAUUUGAGCCUAUGAGUAACGUGAAAUCGUCGCGUUAAUAGGAAAUUAGAUCUGCUUAGAAGGCGUCGACAUUGAGGAGAAAAGUAAUUGAAUGAACUUGACGAGACUUUUUUUGUUCUCCACUCUUUGGUCAUUCUGUUUCAUUCUCUCCAUAUUUUCCCUUCUUUCCUAUGUUCAUUUUCAUCCAUCCUCCCUUGAUGGAAUACAGUUAUGUUAUUCAUAAUCGUAUUUUCAGGUAUCAGUCUGAGGGAGACAUGUCCUACUAACACCUCACUGGAAUUCGCGUCCAAGCUCUACCAAAGGAGAAUCUUAAGCCCCAACUAUCCAUAUCGAUACUUCCUAGCUGACAGCAAUUGCUCCUGGUUAAUUCAAAGCAACUUGUUAAAUGGGCCUGGUUACAUAAUUGAAGUUGUUAUCAACGACUUUUCAUUGGGAGGCAGUGAAAAUUCUCUUUCGUUUUACGACGGAGUUUCACCAACGACAUCUCGCCUUCUUGGAACAUAUCGUCGUUCAUAUUCUCCUGAUCAUGGUGUAUUUUACACCACUGGACCCUUUCUGUAUAUCGAGCUCAAGGUCUUACAAAAACCAUGGUGGUGGAGGUGGUAUGAUCGCGGCCGCUUUAACAUCAGUGUUUUGGCAGUCAAAAAAGGUGUGGUUGAUGUUUCCGUGUUGUCAGUUCUGGCAGCUAAUAUUGUUUAUUUGUUUCUUUGUUUUAUUAAUUAAAAUAUAUUUUGAAAGUGAAUGUGCUCCUCGCCGUUGAAUAAACAACCUGUAAGCGGUUUAAAAAGAACCUGAAAAAAUCAAGCUUGUACGGAAAUGGAAUCCAUCCUCUAUUAACUGUGAGGUUCACUUUCACGUUCAUCGUUUCAUCCGCAGUUAAAAGUAUGAUUUACUUCAUAUAAUUAUUCGAAGUCAUAACACACCAUAAAUUCUCUUUUAACCCCCCCCCCCCCGGAAGGGGGGCUUAUUUGUUCAAACACAUUUGAGGGGGGGCUUAGUAGAGACGGGGCCUUAUAGAGAGGAGAAAUCGUUACGUCUCGUUGCCAUGGUAGCAAAAUUUUUGGAUGACAACAAACCGAUAAAGUCACUUAAAAGUCUAUUCGCACUAUUUCAUACUUCACGGACCUUAUUCAAUUUCAUUGAAUUUUGACAAAUCUUGGCAAAAUUUUCUUUGGGACCGUAUCUAAGUUUAAAAAAAGAAAGCGACAAUUUUUGUGUUUUGUUAACCUACUCCAUAAAGCGGGCUCGUGAAAUUAGGAAGUUUCAUGUCGUAGUGGUUCAACGACGGCAAAGAAAUGUACAAAAUAGCGUGAUGCACGUGCAAAGUUGUUGUUUGUUAAUAUAAACAUAUCAUUUUUUGCCGUUCUCCAUGUCGUCGCCGUCGCCGUCGUCGUCGUCGGGGAUGGAGGGGAUGGGGGGUGGGGUUACACUCAAGGUUUGAGUAGAAGAGUGCUGUUCAAACCCUUGUCCUGUUUCAGACCAACAUUUUUCAUUUCGCUAGCCUGUUUAAGACAGGAAACUUUAUUUUAUGACUCUGAUUCGUUUCCUUUUGCAUGCAGAAUAAUCUUUAUUAAAAAAUAUUAAAUUACUUAGUAUUUUUUCAAACUAGUAUCAAAUAUAAUCAGAUUUUUAAGGGAAAAAAAGUAAUUGUACCACAAAUGUAAUCCGCUCAUCGCUAACCUUAAUUCACACUGUUUUAAGACUCUUAAAAGGCCUCUGGUGCAAAAAGAUGCCCUGUUCAAGGCACUAAAUAACGCAAUUGAGCGGCACAUACACGUAAAGGUCAAAUAUGGGAGUGCAUUAAGGGUCAUUCCUAUAUCCCCUCUUCGCCUCCCUUCCUUCAAUCCCUUGCCUAGCCAUUUCGCACUGCUUCGGAUUCUUGUUCUUUGGUUCUUUUAGUUGUUCAUUUGUUAACCGAGUAUAAACAUUUUAUAAUUGUUCCCUUAUUAUUCACACAGAGACGAUCUGCAGUCCACCAUUUUCCGACAGUAAGGUUCAGUGGCUCCAUGGUUCUUCAGGCACUCUGUUUGGCCCAAAUUACCCCAAUCCGUAUGCAAACGUAAUCGGCAUGAGGUCAUGUACUUGGGUGAUCUCUGUUUCUACUGGCAAUAUGGUGAACCUAACGUUCGAACAUUCACUAUAUGAAGCCUUUGGAACCAAUGGCAGCGUCGAAGUACGUGAUGGCCAGUCCGCACACGACGAGAUGAUUUUCAACGGUGGUUUUGGUAACCAGUUUUCUGUUUAUUCAACUGGAAGGUAUAUGAGGAUUAAGUUCAGUUUCUUUACUAGUGGCAGGGAUGGGAACCAAGGUCGCGGUCUCAGAGCACAUUUUAAAGCAACCCGUAAGUAUAUAUUUUUUGUUAUCGUGUCCUGAUCUUUUUUUCACAUAGACCACAAUAAAUGUACCUUGUUUACCCUCAAAGUUUUGAUUUUCCUUGGGACUUUUGAAAAUGGUGAAUUAGUGUGUGUAAUCAAAUGGUGACGAGUGAAAUUAGGGAAUAAUUUCACUCGCCAUUUUGCCCAAAUCCUAAUAAUUUCCCGAGCCUUUAAUUUCCCUAAUUUCACGAGUAUACCAUUUGAUUACCUAUUAAUAUCAUGGGUGACGAAUUACGUUAGCAAUCUUGGAUUUUUGACAUGUUUAUCCUGGAUCGUAUCGAUCGAGAACUUCACUCUCUCAAAUGUUUAGACCUUAAAUUUGGCUUAUAAAGUUCAGAAUUUCUCAGACUUUUUCGGCAAAAUACCUGUUAGAAUCCUUCUUGAUGUUCUCUUGUGAGUUCAGGUUUUCUAAAGCGUCUUUUUGUGCCCUGACAUCUUCAUUCACGGCAUUUUAAAACUUCGUCGCCACCUUGACACUGAGGCGUACGGAAGGGUUGCCAUGGCAAUUUUGUAAUUUCACAUGUGAAAUUACAAAUUAACGCUGAAAUUUCGCGCCAAAAUUAAGGAGUAAUUCGUCACCUAUGAUAUUAAACAGUAAAACAGAUGUCUCCGAGUCCCAGACCGCAAACAGACGACCGAAUAAAAAUUUGGCUCUUUAGAGUUUCUUUGUUUCAAGACGCUUACCACAUUAGUCAGAACUGCCUGGCCAGACCAGUCCAGUCUUCAGGAGAAUUCCACUAUUGAUCAGAACUUUCCAGCCCGAUCACUUUAUUUCUAAAUGGUAUGCACGGCAGUGAUACAAAAAAAGACUAAUAUCUUUUUUUCAAUAUGACCAGUUCUGACCUAUGGACAGUGUUCUUACUCUGGAGCGGGUUCGAUUUGCACGAAAAAACCGUCGGGAAUGCUCGACUUUUAGAAAUACGAAAAUGGAACGAGUACAAUCCAAUCCUGUCAGAACUAAGUCACUGGUGGAAAAUUCCGGGGAACAAUAGAAAGUGUCCGUAUUAGCUUGGCGUCCGUAUUUAAGUCAGAAAAAAAACAUUUUAUUGUAGCGGAGCUUCAAUCGCGCGCGAAGCGCGCGCGAGCUUAAUCCCAACCUAAGAAAAUGUGGUAAUCUACCCAUCCGAGAAAUUUUGGUAAUCACGUGACCGUACGCCCGUCCGUCCACACCACAGACAUACUAAAAUGAAAUAACUCAAUCAACAGGUAUGGCAACCCAAAUGCAACUCGAGGUUAUUGUGGCGGGAAAUCGCAUAGUCACCCGCGUCUUGUGAAGCAAAGACAACUAAAGAGUCAAUAAAGACGAAAACGGAAAGCAGAAAUUGUUUCUGUAUCCGUGUUGUCUAAAGUAUUAAGCUUAGAUUAAUUUUCAUGCCCACAAAUUUGGAAUAUAGAGGAAGAGAAAGACAGAGAAAAAGAGAAAGUAGGCGACAGGCCAGCGAAGCUCAACGAGUAAAAGAGCGACAGAGAGCUUGAGCGAGAGAUAAAAAACAAUGGAGAUAUUUCUUUGUUGGAAGAACAACAUUUGUAGCGGCGGUGAGAAAAUGAGAAAUGUUAGAGGCCACAACGGUGAAAAUGAGCGGCAGUGAAAAAAAAGUGCAAGAACAAGUACGACAUUUUCUUCAUAAAACGUGUAACUAGGAAGUUUCUGGAAGUUUCACGUUGUAAUCGUGCAAAACAACGGCAAAGAAAUGUAAAAAAAGUGUGCUUCUUUGCUGCUUUUUUGCUAAUAGACCUAUUGUUGUUUUUCCGCCGUUCUCGUUGCCUUCACCGCUUAGCAUUACGCGAUUAAUUGUUUGAGCAAACUAUAAAUAUUAUCGAGAGCUUCGCUUUUAGCCCUGGCUAAAUCUAUAUAUUAACAAGGAACAUACUAAAGAAAUAAAACAGGACACUACUAUCGUCAAACAAAACUUCUCUAACUUACAGUCAGAAAGCCGUUAUUCUGCUGACUGUCUAAGUUAAAGCACUCACAAUCUCUCAUUUGUACAGUAGUUAAUCAUGAACAGUAAUCUCCAGAACUUAUUCUUCGCCAAAGUAGUCAAAAAUCUGAGCCUAGACUUUAUCUUAUUCCGUCAACUGUAGCACUACGAACAUUGAAAUGUUGUCAUCCGAAGGUUUUUUUUUUAUCUUCAAAAAAGAUGCAGAGGCUUAUUACAGAAUAUACUUGACAAUAAGCGAGGCCGGUUGGCGAGGUUAGAAUAUCGACUGGAAUCUGUUGAUCGUUCUAGAAAAAAGAUUCCUCUGCCCACUUUAGCGGUUGAAUUUAUAAAAAAAUGUAAGAGCUUUUCCCAGGGACAAAGAAAGAUUUCGAUCCGUAAGCUGGUGUCCGUAAAACGUGUUUCCACUGCCAUGUGUGUGGUUUGACGGUUGACCUUAAUUCCCACGAGAUCGAGCUUCAUCAGUGAAGGCCUUCCGGGUGAAGGGGUUGUAUGUUUCCUUGUUCCCCCUAAAAAUUUUGAAGUUGUUUCCUUGUUUCUCCCCCCCCCCUUCCCCCCACCAAAAACAAUUAAAUAAAUAAAAGAUGCUUAUCGGAAUUCAAUUUUACCAACUUCAUUCUGCACCAUUUACCCUUGAUUCCCAAAAUAUUCCUACUAACUGUUUUCGGCAUUUUCGAAGCGCAAUGCGAGAGCCUCACGGGCGUUUCAACCUCGCUCCAGACCUUUUGUUUGACUGCUCGCGCGUACUUGAAAACACAAAAAUAGGAACUGUAUCAUUGAGAUGUAGUCGAGACAAAGAACGCUAAUAUUGCCACCAGUCAAGAAUAUUAUUUUUUCUUCUUCUUCGCUUGGUACAGGUACCUGCAAUAAAAAUUCGCACUUAAUUUGAGUCACAAUGUUUUCAGCACAAAAGUACUAACUGCCAACAUUUCUAACAGCCAUUUUUAGCUUGUAUGUUUUGUUUUCCUAUUGCAGACCAAGUGAUGGUAGCCCAUAGAAAGGUUUCUUUCAGUCCUAUGCACGUGCAUAUGUAUGCAAAGUUAACCCUUUCAGUCCCAAUAGUGACCAACAACAAUUUUCUCCUAACAAUAAUCCAUACACUGUCAAGAGAUAAAGUUAUGAGAAUUAAUAAAAUGAUCUUCAUAGAGAAAAUUCCAUGAUCUUUUAUCAAAUUCUCUCUACUAAUUCUUAAAGGAAAUGUAUGGAGAUCAGUUUGAAGAAUUUGUAUGUGGAUAUUGGGGCUUAAAGGGUUAAAGACAAAAGGCAAAUUCCCUGUAGAAUAUCACGUGGUCUGAAUUGGGAGCCAUAAAAAAGGUCUGUUGAGGACACUAUUUUUACGUCCGAGCCACGCGAAGGUCUAGCUUUUUUCAUUUCUCAGUUCAGUUUUAUUAGACCCUGAGUAUUGAUCCGGUCCCAGGAAACGAACUCCGGAGUCCGCUCUUCACUGAUCAAGCGCUCUACCAGUGUAGGCCUCCCGCGACUAAAUGGAACCACAGGUCUCUCAAGCUCACGAGAGUUUGAAUUGUUGUUGCGUAACAGGGGGUCAAAAAUUGAAAUAAAAAUACAUCAGAAUUUCUUACCUUGUCUCCUUGUCCAAAUUUAUGAUGUUUUCUUAGCAUUUUUGGCCUUCAGGGCUGGCUGGAAUCGCCCUAAAACGGCCACAAAUGCUAAGAAAAGGUCAGAAAUCACUGUAAAUUUAGACAAGGGCACAGGGUAAGAAAUUCUGAUGUAUCUUUGUUACUAUUUUUGACCCCUAAAUAACGAUGACUUAAAUCUCAAUACAGACUCUUAUAAUACUUCUUUUACGUACCAACGAUUGUCACUCGUGAGCUUGGGGUACCUUUGAAUGGAACUAACACUUUUAUCAUCUUGAAUGCGCUUUAUACUUAAUACCUAGCAAUGAUGAAUUUUGUUUUCCUCUUCAGCUCUUUAUAUGAGGGAGACUUGUUUACCUGGAAACAAAUUCAACCCUCAACUACUGUUGACCAGAGAUCAGGGAACGCUAAAGAGCCCUAUGAAAUACUACCCACCUAACUUGUAUUGUAGAUGGUCCAUCAAAGUACCAGGGGAAAAGCCAGUAGAGCUCACCUUUGAGAGAAUAAAUACUGCUGGAAGCUGUACUGACUGGGACCACGCCAAACAUAUAUGCCUGUCUUACGAAUGUGAAGACUAUGUGGAGGUGCAGUGGGUGGAGAGGAACUACACAAUGGUCAGGAAAAAAUACUGUGGUUUAUUGUAUAAAGACAAUGACAAAUAUAACAAAUUGCCAAAUGCCAUUAUCUCGACUAAUGGGAGCUUGACGGUGAUUUUUUCAUCAGACGCCAAUGGCAUGGGGAUUAAAUACAGCGGUUUUGAGGCUACUUUCAAAGCUGUGGAUCCAUCAAACGGUAGGUAGAUUGAUUAAACAGUCUGAAAUGCAGUUACAAACCCGAUAACUCGAACGCUGAAGUGAAACGAAAAACAGUUCGAGUUAGCGGAGUUCGAGCUACCGGAUUAAUUGAAUAUUUUAGUUUGCCAAGUUAAUUGAUAGUUACUGAGUAGACUUUUAAUAACUUCAGCCGUAUAGUACAGUGCAAUUCAGAAACGGCAACUUGAUUUUGCAUUUUUAUGAUAAAACUUUGUUGCACCAGUUAAACUCAAAUUGCUGUAUAGUGUUCUUUUUAGUGUUUUUACAUAUUUUUCAACAAAAAGGGCUAAUGGGAUGGCAUCCCACUAGAGUUACAAGAACCAGAAUUUGAGUUAUCAGGGUUAAUUUCAGGGAAAUGUUGAUCAAGGGAAAGGAAAUUUACGUCAAGCCAGCGAGGAAUUAGAGUUAUCUGAGUUCGAGUUCCCGGGCUGUACUGUAGUUGUAUCCUUGUAUUUUCCCCAUGCAUUUCAUGAUUACAACGCCAAGAACAAAAGUUAAGUCAGAAGAUCCAGCUAUUCCGUUUUCCCUCACUAGAUCGCAAAAGCUCAUUCUAACUGCUCCACCAAACCAAAUUUUUCCACGGCUGACUCCACAAACUAUAAGAGGAAUGGGUAUGGAAAGCCAUAGCUCAAGAAUAGUUUUGCCAAUUGAGAAAUAUUUUCCAUGGCCGAAACAUGGCAUUCAAAGGUCGAGAAGUCUGUCGAUAACCUUCCUUUGGCGGUCGAGAAUUUUUUUAUCGUUCGAGAAAUUUUUGUCGAUCGAACAUUUUUCAUCUGCCGAGAAUUUUUUAUCGAUGGAGAAUUUUUUCAUCGAUCGAGAAUUCAUUAAAACGAUCCAGAGUUUCAUCAUCGAUCGAGAAUACAUUUUUUUAUUGGAGUCAGUACUGGUCAACAGUCUCUUUUGGCGCCAUUACACAACAGACAAAAUAUAAAGGCAAAUAAUUUUAGUUUGGGACGGCUUGGCAAGAACCAACCCUGAAAAGUACGUAUGUAAACUAAUACAGCAGUAGGUAAAUAACUAAUGUACAACACUCGUAAACUAGCUUUCACAAAAAGAAAGAACUGCUACAACUGGUCGAUCUCGACCUGAAUCCCCCAAUUAAACACCCAGGCUUAGUGCCAGUUAGGCCGCCAGUUAAGCUGGGGAAAAUAAAUAAAACUCUGAUCAACGGAUAACUGGGAUAGGGAACACUGUAGGACCACAGAGGCUGAGCACAGGGAAAAAACUGAGAAUCGUUCACUACUGUACCCAACAAGGCACGUAGGCCAAUUGCCAGUUAGGCUGCCAAAAGAGGAUAGGGCACGACAUUUAGGGUAAACAAAAGGCUAACGACCCUGACUAGAGAUCUGUAACAUUGCCCGCAAACUAAGUGCGUCAAACUAGACAUAUCUCGCCAUUUAAUUAAAGAGCGGUUCAAGAACAGCUGACCUAAGCAUAAAUAGAAACUAAAUACAUUAAAAAUCAAUGAUCUAUUUCAUAUACAUCUUUAUUAUAUAAACACCAAUGAAAUACCAGGUAAGCUUUCGGGCGAAAACUGAGAAAAUAUCACCGUUGCCAUGGCUACAUAAUAAAUAGCGCCUUUCACACCAAAAAACUAUUAAAUUGAAUUGAUUUGGUAGUUCAUUGGUGUUUUCUUUUUUCAACACUCGCAACUCCGCGCGGCCAUAUAAUAUCCUCUUUAUCAUAAAUAUAUUAAGUGAAGGAACAGGUGCACAACUGUGAUAACCGUACAAGUACAUAGGGUAAGAGACGCGGAAAAAGCUGAAAACUAGCAGAGCUGAGCUACCGCUUACAACGGAAACAAAUGCGGUCAAACGGGGGCGAGAAAAAACCUGCCCAAAAAAACCCUGAAGGGAAAAAGUGCGGGCAGGAAAUCUGGGUAGGGACCAAGGUUCAAGAUCGAAGCCUUUCCUACAGGACUUGACAAUGUAUUUGAGAAUAGACCGCUCCUAAAAUAAAACAAAAAAUUGAGAAAAACCAAAAGAAGGCUGGUUCAGAAGCCUAGAUGACGUAUACGCGAUAUACACAGCCUUAUAUACCCGCGGUAUGACUACCCAUGGUGCAGCCGGCCUAGUACAGAGGCCCUGUUGUAUCUCGUGCCAUCAAAAUAUUUAUUUCUGCCUUCUUCGCGGGCUCAUUCGUCAGAAUUUCUCUAUAGUAUGUGAUUCACCAUUUUCACAUAGACCAUAAUGCAACUUGUUUACACCCCAAAAUUCUGCAUAACCAUUGUUUCCAAUUUCUCCUGGGUAUUACAGUCGUCCCAAGAGAAAUCAAAGACAAUGUUAUGCAAAAUUUUGGGGGGUAAACAAGGUGCAUUAUGGUCUAUGUGAAAAUGGUGAAUUGUCCAUGAUGGCGUAGCCUGCGAAAACAUCCGUUUCUCCUCCCUCUUUGUCGCUGAAGACGUUUCUCGCGGAGGAACGUCUGCGACUCAGCGGCAGAAAUUCCAUACUGAUGACGUAAAAUCUGUCCAGAAUCCGGUCAGAAGCGCUGAUUGGUCGACGGAGCAGUUACAUUGUUCUAGCUAUUGUUUACGAAUGACAGACAAAAGACAAAAGGCCACAAAGGUCAAAUGUAAACGCGAAGAAUCUCUAACAAAACAGUCAAUAUUUGUGGAAUAUAGUCUUCUCUAGAAGAAGCAUUUGAGUUUUGCUGGAGCUCGUGGGCAGAUCAACACAACACUUUACCAAAAUCGACCAGAAGACACGCGAAACUAGGCAAAUUUAUAUUUGGAACCUCAUGACUACAGGAUUUAUUAUGUAAACAUUGAUUUGCGUCAUCAGUAUGGAAUUUCUGUCGCUGAGUCGGAGACGUUCCUCCGCGCGAAACGUCCUCAGCGACGAAGAGCGAGGAGAAACGGAUGUUUUCGCAGGCUAAUGAUGGCGGAGGUGUUGAAACUUUUGCUUGUCGUCUUGUUACUUAAUUAUGAGUUUGUUAGAGCACACAGUGAAGAUUUAAGGAUGGGUUAUCGCUGUUAUCGGAGGCGCUACUCUGUUCUAUUUACAAAACACAUUCUUGAAGAGAUACGAAAAAGUUCUCAAAAUCUUUAUCGUGUGCUAUAACAAAACUAUAAAUGGAGAAAGGAAGGGAUGAACCUUCACACUGACUCUUUAUGCGAACCGGUCGCGUAGUUCUAGACUACCAUAUGAAGAAAAGGGUAUUGCUUAGUGUCUUUUCAAUCUUUUUAUUAAGUCAUUUUGUGAUUGCAGCCAUACGUAACAACAUUCAAACUACCCUUCAACUUUACAGUACCCCCUCCCCCAGGCUGCACCCUCUCUGAAAAAUUCCGUCAAUUUUUAUCAUCAUUGAUUUUACUUACGACAGGGAAGACAAGGAAGAUAGCAAUCGGCGUGAGCGUUGGCGCGGUGAUGCUAAUUGCACUCGUUGCCUCCAUUGUCUGCUUCGUUAGAAGGAGAAAGGCCCGUGCGUUAAGUAACCAAUUGACGACAGUCAAUGCAAGGAAUGCCAGUUCUAUUACCACGCCGUUGACUAGAGCUAAUGCAGGAAAUACCGGCCCUGUUACCUCAAUGGAAAGGAGAAAUAAUGCAAGAGAUACCAGUCUUGCUGCGACAAGAGCAAUCACUACUGCAUCCUAUGGGACACAAACUUCACCUCUAUCCCCUCAGGCAACAGGGCAACAUUCAGUAAACCUCAGUCCAUCGAUGAACUCUGUUUCACUUCAAACAAUACCAUCAGGACCACCCCCAGCGUACCCAGGUUCACCCGACUCACCACCA